CACCAUAACAACCAAACGCUCUACAUACAUAACACCCUAUAUCAACUUAUUAUAAAGAAAUCUAUAGACAACCAUGUCAUCGCCAGGAGGGGACGAACUGCCGAAGAUAUGUUGCUCGGAGUGCUUGGCGAAGAUACUUGAAGCAAUGCAACAUCCGCAGGGAGCUCCUAUGACUGAAGAAGAAUCCCCAAAUGAGGAUCCUCUGCCUCCCGAUGAUGAAAUAUUCGUGAUCAGGGGGCUAGAAGACGACGAGCUGUCCGAUGAUAAUAUCAUCCUGGUCAUGGGGAUGGAAGGCGACAUAAGCGAAGACGACGAAACUGCUUCCAUCGCAGAUGGCGAAACGGCUUCCAACGGAGAUGGCGAAAAUGUUCUUCCCGGGAAACAGCCAGAGAAUAAUUAAAACUGAAGUUCAUACAAGAAACCCCAAAAAACCAAAAAAAUUAAAGAUGUUUGUUCCAUUUGUGCAGCCUGCAGAGGGAUUACUUGAAUAAUCUCAGUCCACCGAAGUUACGCAUUCUGGGCCGAGUACAAGUCAUGAUUGCCAUUAAGAAAAGUUCUGCAGCCCUCACCAAAAAUUAAUAACUGGCCGCUGACGUAAUGGUCGACUCUCAUCAUCACAACUGCCCUCUAGAACCGGGGUAUACUUAUCUGGAGGAUCAGAAAAUGCCGAUCGUCCAUUGGCGAUCCCUGAUGGAGGUCAACCAGUGCCAAGCAAAAAAAGAUGGAGGGAAAUCCUUGCAAAUAGAUCAGCUUAAAUGUAAAAGCAUACAUUACAUUUGAGCUGACACAGUUCAUAUUUUACCAUUUAAUAAAAUGUACAUAUUUAAGAUUGUCUGCCAAUUGUGGUAUUCAGAGUCUGAAUCAAAAGAAAUAUAUCAUUUCCAUCUCAUUUUAAACUAUAAA